GGGAAGGAGGAACGCUGACUCUGCCGGGAGGCCCGCGGGUCGGGCGCAGGGGCCGGACACUCCUGCCCGUCGCCCUCCAGGCCGGGAUGCAGCCGCGGGCGGCGCCGGCGGGCGGACGCCAGGGCGCGCGGCCGCGGGGGCCCGGGUGCGCGCAGGAGCCGGCCCGGGAGCCGCGGCCGCCGCCCCGCUGGGCGCUGACCGAGAAGGAGCUGCGGGCCAUGAGCCCCGCGCAGCGCCACCGCCACCUGCUCUUCGGCGACCUGCUGGAGGACGUGUCGGGCGCGUACAGCUCCGUGUUUCCGCGCGACUCCAUGGAGCUGGGCUACCGCGUGGCCGACCCGCGCUCCUGGACGCAGCCCCUGGAGCUGCUCGCCCAGCGCCAGGACCUGCUCUUCGGGGUGCUCAAGGCGGCCGAGGCGCGCGGCAGGGUCCGCGCCCUGCGUCUGCGCCACGCGCGCCUGCGGGCCGAGGAGAUCGCGCUGCUGGUCCAGCGGCAGAAGACGGCACUGGCCGCCAUCCGCCUGGAGCUGUUCCUGCCGCCGCGGCUGAAGCCCACGCGCAUCCCCGACCCCCUGAACCGGCAGGAGGUGCCCAGGGGCCCGGGCGGGGGCGGGGGCCGCCCGCGCGCCGGCCUGACAGCCCCGCUGACCAGCCCCUCUGCCCCGCAGCGGCGGCGCGUGGAGGCCAUCCUGCAGGAGCCGCUGGACUGAGCGCCCCGCGCGCCCACAUAAACGUCUUUUUUCUCCAAGUGCGCCUGGUCUUUCCGCGAGAGGCAGCCAAGGGCCCCCACAAGG